AUGGAGUCGUUAGACACAUUAAACCUGCGAGUAGGUGAAUGUUCGUUUUUGGAGAUAGCCUUGGCCGACGUCAACCGUUACAUCAACACUUUUAUUUUAGAAAAGAAAAUAAAUGUGGUACUUAUUUUCCCUCCAUUAAGUGCACGUAAUCGUUUUUUAGUGCAUACCCUGGUGCAAAAAUUCUUCAAGGAAUUGAAUACCGUAUCUAUUGGUAGCAGCCACGGAAGACGCAUAGUCAUUUAUCAUUCUUCACUAAAACCAAUGUUUUGUGAAACAGAACUGGAUGUUGCUGAAAUGCAUGAUGGAAAUAAUUCUAGUAUACAUCGAGCAUAUAGAACCCCUAACGAAAGGAAGGCCCAAGAACGAUUAUUUCAGUCACUUAAGCCUAAAGCAUUAGAUCCAGGUACAAGAUCCCGUCAGCGCAAACAAUCUAAAAGGCCAGAUAUUCCUAUUUAUAUACCCAAAGCACUUAGGGGAUUAGCCAAUAAAACGGUUUCCAAUACUACCAGUACAAAUAAUAGUUCAGAUUCAACUCCAUCAAAUAAACUUAAUGCUAAUUGUAGAGUUCAAGAUGAUUCAAGAAACACGUUAUAUUCAAAAGAUAUUAAAGGUUCAAUAUCACUAUUGAAUCGUGGCCAACACAAUAAUAUUGUAUUAGCAUCUUUAGAUUCAUAUAAAUUUGUAGACUUAUCAAAUGAAAUGUUUAUUAAUGAUGUUAAUAAUGAAUUUACAACUUCAUAUUACAAUGUUUCAUCUCAGUUAUCAGAUUCUUUAUCUUCUAGUAUUGUUCCAGAUUCUGUAGAUAUAAAUGAAUGUAAUUCAAAUUCAUCUAUAACAAAUCAAAUAACUAACAUUAGAAAUCCCAACAUGGAAGAUAAUGAAUUAGAGUCUCAUACUACAAUUAACAACUGUGAUAGUGUUUUAACAAAAAGUGCAAAUGUCGAUUGUAUAAGUAUUCAAAAUUCUACAUUAGUUAAUUUACCUGAUCUUCAAAUAUCAGAUGUUAACGAUAAAAUUACAACUGACGAUGCAAUAUUACCUCAGAAAACUACUAAAUCAAUUGAUUCAGUCUUAGCUGACGAUAACAUAUCAGAUAUGUCUAAUAAUCAACUAGAUGAAUUGCCUAAAGGAAAUGAAGUGGUUCAUUCUAGUGAGCUUGAAAUAGCUUUAAGAGAAGAACACAAUACAAACUGUCCUCAUUAUUGUUUGGAUGAUAGUUUCACAAGCGGGCCAUUGACAGAUGUCGACGAAAAUUAUUCUAAAAACUUAAAUGAAGAGUUGACUGACAAUCAAAGUCCAGUGUUAAUUAAUAACUCUUUAGAAAUUCUUGAAAUUAAUGAAAAGAAAAAAGAAAAGAAAAAAAAAAAGAAAAAGAUUUUAGAUGUAGAUGAAUGUAGUUGGGAAGAUAUGUAUGAUAAAGAUGAUGAUUAUAUACAUCCAUUGCUUAUGAAAGAAUUAGUUUCUACAAUAGGAAAGGUUCAAGUACAAUGUGCAAAAGAAGAUUACCGUAGUUAUCAAACAAUUGAAGAACGUUCAGGUGAUGGUGAGUGUGUUAUUGAGGUGUAUGGUUUUUCAUCUGAACUGAAAACAAUUGAUCUAAUGAAUCAAUUUGCUGCAUUUCGUAAAAAACAUUUUGAAAUUAUUUGGGUGGAUGAUACUCAUGCAUUAGCAGUAUUUGAAAGUCCCCAUUUAGCUGAUCAAGCAUUAAACACACCAUUAGUUCUUGUGAAAACCAGGCCUCUUAAGAAUGCUACCAAAGAGUCAAAGCUCAGAGCGGCUACAGUUGUUGCUCUCCCAGCAACUAGGCCUAAAACUUGUACUGCAAUGGCUAGACGACUAGUGAGUAGUGCUUUAGGACUAAAGAUGAAUGUAUCACCAGAUCUUAUAAAUGCUGAACGUACAUUGUUGGCAAAUGCUAAAGAGAAAAAAAUUCGAGAUGCUCAACAAAAGCACGACAUAUGGAACAAUGAAUCAUGA